AUGGGAUUGAAAUGUACAAAUUAUUUUGAGAAUUCAAAAUAUGAUUCCCCCAAUAUUCAAAUUAUAACUUGUAAAGGUUGUUCAUCUCAUUUAUGUCUUUCUGAUUUAAUUUUAUCCGAUAAUUUUAAUGGAGCCAGUGGUCCUGCUUAUUUAGUUGAAGAUUUAAUUAAUAUUGAAUUCAAUUUACAAUCAGAAGAAACUCCUAUGAAAACUGGAGUUUAUAAAAUUAAUAAAGUUAAAUGUCAUCAAUGUAAAAAUCAAUUGGGUUGGUAUUAUAAAAAAUCAUAUUCUUAUGCUGAAACUUAUAAAGAAGGGAAAUUUGUUAUUGAACGGAAAUUUAUUAAUUUUACUGAUAAUUUAACUACAACUCAAUUAUUAACAGAAAGAGCAUUACAAAAUAAAUUUAAACGAAGAUAUAGUAAUAAUAGUACUAGUAGUACUAGUAAUAGUUCAACAAUAUCAAAUAAUUCAAUAUCAGAUUUAGAAAUUGAUGAAAGUGGUAGUCCUCAACAUGAAUCAUUUUUAACUAAAGAGAAAUUCAAAUUGUUAAAUAGAAGAAGAUCAAGUGGUACUAAUGGGAAUAUAAAUGCUACUUUAUUGAAUCAUUUGAGAAUACCUUAUCAUUCAAUAAGAAAUGAAGGAAAUGAAGAAAAAGAUAACGAUGAAGAAGAAGAAGAAGAUGAUGAUGAUAAUGUUGAGGUAGAUCAUCAUGACCAUGUGAAUAUUGUUUCUGGAACUACAACUAAUCGUCCAAGUAAUAUUGACGAUGAUGAUAUAUUUGUUGAUGCUUAA